GGGGCGGAUUCCGCAGUGGCGGCGCUGCUCGGCGGCAGAGGCGUGGGGAAGCGCGGCGGGCGCGGCAGCGUAGCGCGGCGCGGUGGCGGGUGCGCGCGCGUCGGCGCCGGCGCAUGCACGCCACCGGCCACACGGACCGCUCGGGCGGCGGCGGCGGCGGCGGCUCCUGGCGCCUCCCGCCCGACGAGACCCUACAAGUCGCCGACCCCAAGUCCGCCAAAGAAGAGGACUUGUACCAGGGAGAUGGCCACAACUGGCGGAGCAUCAUAUUUUCGUUGAUGGUCAUCAGUUUUGUUAUAGCUGGGAUUGUCACAGCAAUUUAUCUUUUAGGGUAUGUGGACGAGCUGCUGUACUGGUCGGGUCGUCGCAUGCGCUUGGACGAGUUCCUGCACGGCGACCUGACGGGCGAGCGGCUGCCGACCACGUGGGUCAGCUCGCACCAGCUUGUGUACCAAGCAGACGACGGCGGGUUGCUGGCGCUCGACACCUUCAACAACACCCUCUCCGUUCUCGUCACAAAUCAUACAUUAAGGCAGCUCAAUGUGCGCGGCUACCAGUGCUCGCCGAACUUGCGCUACGUGCUCUUUCAACACAAUAUCAAGGAGGUUUACCGGCGGACGUUUACUGCGCACUACACCGUUUAUGACGUCACAAAUGACCAUCAUAUCCCGCUGUUCGGCGAGGGCCAGCGCAGUUGGGAGUGGCAGCACGCGGCGUGGCUGGGCGGGGACGGCGCGCUGUUGCUAUCGGCAGACAACGAGGUGCUGGCGCGGCCCGGCCCGCCGGCCAGGCGAGCGCCGCUGUGGCGCCUCACCAACGACGCCAGCCCCGGCAGCGUCUACAACGGCGUCUCCGACUUUUUAUAUCAAGAGGAGGUGACGAAGACGCCAUCAGCGACAUGGGGCUCGGCGGACGGCACGCUAGUUCUGUACGCUCAGUACGACGACAGCGCGGUGUCGGAGCUGCGCCUGCCGCGCAUCGCCGACGGCAUCGGCGGCGCCGGCGCAGCUCGGGCCGGCUUCCUGCUGCCUACGUACAACGCCACUAUGCACACUGUCUUCCCCGACCAAGUCACUGUCAGAUAUCCCACGCCUGGCAGUUCUAUACCAAAGGUAAAGUUAUGGAUAGUAAGUGUUCAAAACUCGACGUCACCGCCGAGAUGGGAGGUGAGGCCUCCAGGGACGUUAGAUGGAAUGGAAUAUUAUCUCAUAUCAGCCCAGUGGGUGGGCAAAGACAAUUCUCAUGUAGGUGUAGUGUGGAUGAAUCGAGCGCAAAACCUUACAGUUUAUAGCAGUUGUUAUGCACCCAACUGGACAUGCACUGAGACGCAUUCUGAGAAAGCCACAGAAGAGCCGUGGUUAGAGGUUCACCAGCAGCCGGUGUACUCAGAAGACGGCAGUGCAUUCCUCCUACUGGCCGCGGUGCAGGAGGGCGGGGGGCAGUACUACACGCACAUCAAACAUGUCGAUGUGUUGCGCCAGCGCAUGGCAGUCCUCUCGCACGGCAAGGUCGAAGUCGCCGAGAUCCUGGCUUGGGACCAGGAAAACCAUUUAGUUUAUUAUUUAGGUUUAGACAAAGACACGUUACCAAUACUUAGACUACAUCCAGAUUUGGUGAAGGAAGCAAAUCAAAGCAGCGCAGACAGGCCUGGGCAAAGACAGGUUUAUGUAGUUAGAGACCCGAGCUACGGAGGGGGCAGUAACUCAGUCAAGGCACGUGCGGAGCGAGAGGAGCCGCGCUGCCUGACAUGCGAGCUGGCGGUGUGGCCAGCACGACUCCACUAUGCCAACUGCUCCUUCUGGCGAGCCACCUUCUCCCCGCCGAGACCGAAACUCGGCAUCACACAUUAUGUUCUGGAGUGCGGUGGCCCUGGACCGCCAUUGGCUGGGCUGCACGACGCCAGAACGCAUAAGCUAGAGAGAAUAUUAUAUGAUACGAGGCCUUAUAGAUCAGUACGACUACGCGAGCUAGCACUGCCCACGCGACGCUCGUUUGAAGUGGCGCUUGGCAGUGGGUCCAAAGCCCGUGUGCAACUGCUGUUGCCACCUUCCUGGAGAGAGGAACUUCGGGAUGCUGCUUUCCCUGUACUAGUGCAUGUAGAUGGCAGGCCAGGCAGUCAGCAAGUAACGGAGGAGUUCUUAGUAGACUGGGGCUCGUACAUGUCGUCGCGGAACGACGUGGUGUACGUGAAGCUGGACGUGGCGGGCGCCAGGGGUUUGCCGCGGGCGCUGCUGCGGGGCAGGCUCGGCGGCGUCGAGGUCGCCGACCAGUUGGCUGUUAUUAGAUAUUUAUUAGAAACAUUUAAAUUCCUGGACGUGACCCGCGUGGCGGUGUGGGGCUGGGGCUACGGCGGCUACGUGACGGCCAUGCUGCUUGGUUCGCAGCAGUCCACGCUCAAGUGCGGCAUCGCUGUCUCGCCUAUCACCGACUGGCUUUAUUAUAACGUGGCGUUUACGGAGCGUAUCCUGGGCCAGCCGUCAGUCAACUACAAGGGCUACGUGGAGGCAGACGCGUCGCAGCGCGCGCACCACGUGCCGCCGCACGCGCUGUACCUGGUGCAUGGCCUGGCCGACAUGUCCGCGCCCUACCCGCAUGCACUGCAGCUGGCGAGGGCACUCACUGACGCUGGGGUAUUGUUCAGAUACCAGGCGUACGCCGACGAAGGUCAUGACCUGAAAGGCGUAAUCGAACACGUGUACCGUUCUAUGGAGGACUACCUCCGCGAGUGCCUCUCCCUCGACCCCGAGGACACCAAGCUGCCGCCCCCCGACAGAUAGACCGCCGUAUA